AAUAUAAAUAAAGAAUGUAUAUAAAUGUACUUAUAUAGCUGGUUAUCUAUUUUCAGACUUGAACAAAAUUAGAAUUGCUCUAAGUAAAAUGUCUUACGAUUCAAGUAUGAAUAUAAACAUCUGUAAACCCUGUCAAGAUGAUAGUAAUGAAACACUUGCUGAUGGAUGGUGUCGUGAGUGUGAUGAAUACAUGUGCACAACGUGCUUCCGUCAUCAUUGUAAAAGUAAAUUUUGUAAAGAACACGUGUUACUCGAAAAGAAAUCAACCUCGCCUAACAGUCUAAAUCAAUCAGUAGAAGGACUUGAAAAGUGUAAGCAACAUUCGAAAAAAUCCGUGAAAUUCUAUUGUGCAGCCCACAAUAUGUGUGGCUGUUCGGUUUGCAUGAUAAUCGAACAUAAGGCGUGUGAUGUAGUGUAUAUUCCCCAAAAGGCUGCCGAGUUUGAAAGUAGCAAAGAUGUUAAAUCUUUUGAAGAAAAUUUACAGAAAUGCAGCUCUCAGAUCACAGCUUGCUUAUCGGAAAUAAGAAACAAUAUCGAUGCAAACUUGAAUGUUCAUGAUCAAUUUACUCUUGACGUACAGGAAUUUAGAGACUCUCUUAUCGAUCAUGUCAACCAACUCGCAGCGGAUAUUUGCGCCGAAUCAAACGAACUCAAAGACAAAAGUGUUCAAGAGCAAACAGAACUUAAGAGCAAGACUACAGUGGUGCAACGUAAUCUACAAUCAAUGGAAGAAUCAUUUAAAGCAGACAAGUGCCAACCAAACAAAUUGUUUGUAAAAUUUGAAAGCUUGAAAAAUGCCUUAGAGGAGAUAUCUACCACGAUUCGUGACUUAAGAAAACAGAAUACGACAGAAAGAUACCUUUUUCGAAAGGACAGCCUUAUUGAGUCUGUUUUGGACAAAUGCAGGUCGAUUGGCUAUAUUAAAUUCAAAAAUGAUGAAGUAGAUGCAGGUAGCGACUUUAUUCUAGAGAACGCAAUGCCUGGAAAUGGAAAGCAGAGUCGCGGCUUAAAAGAUUUGACGCAAAGAGUAGAAUUUUUGCAAAUUGAUGAUGACUGCUUGAGAUAUACGCAUUUUGGCGACUCAAAUGGUAUAUUUUUGGUAACACCAAAAUGACGACAAAAAGCUACUUUGAGUUGGAGAUACUACAUAAUAGAAAGGGCGGCUCUGUUGCAAUUGGUCUCGUGCCUGUAAACUAUCCAGUGCAACAGUUUCCUGGCUGGAGAAAAGGCUCAGUUGCGUAUCAUUCUGAUGAUGGUCGAAUUUUCAACGAAAAUAAAUACGGAGCGGCUAUUGCCCCUUGUAGUGAAUCUGAUAAGAUGGGUUGUGGAAUAUUAAGCAAGGAAAUGUUUUGUGUUAAUGUCUUCUUCACAAAGAAUGGACAAAAGAUCGGAGAAACAAAAUUACUAACAACGCAAGACCUUUACCCAGCUAUUGCAAUUGACACCAACGGCCAAGUAGUCAAAGUCAAUCUAAAUGCUCAAUCACCAGUAUAGUAUCAAAGAAUGUGAACUGACAAUAAACCUUGGUCUUUUGUGUUUAUUUCACGGACUUAUGUGAACAUUUUCUAAUUUGAAAAUCUUAAUAUCUUUUCACCUCUAUGCGACAAUAUUAAAUGUUAGGUUCACUUCGAGGAAAUGGCAACGCAUUUUCGUACGGAUUCCGUUAACUUUUCACAAGCAUUCCCUUAUUGAUUAGUGAUUAUGAAAUAUGCAGUCUUAAAAUAACGAAAGGUGUGUGCUGUACAUAUUUUUUCAGUUCAGUGGACAAAAGAGGUAUUCAGUUUUGUUCGUUUGUUUGACUUGUUUUUCAUCAGGAUAUUUUAGAUACACUUGAUAGUUGAAAAGUUUCACUCUUGUUUUCUAACAACUCUUUCAAUAUGUACAUAAUAUACGCAAACAGAUUAUCCUUCCAUUCAACGAGCAAUAGAAAUACAUUUCACCCAGUGAAAGCUGAGAUCAUGUAUUUUUAUUGACUGUGUGCAAGUUGUGUUAAUUUGCAGAAUAAUGUCAAAUUGUAAAUAAAAG